UUUUGUUUAUAACAGAAAUAUAAAAUUUAUAUGAGGUUGUAUGUACCUCCACCUUUACCGCCUUAUUCUGAACAAAAAUGUACACUUGAACUUGAUCAUAUACUAAAAACAUCAACUAAAGUGGCAGUCUUGUUAAACGCAAUUCAGACAUUAAGCAAGAAUGCUUUAAGUAGAGGAAUUACUUGUAGACCUUGUAUUGGUACAACUCAAGAGUCUAAAAUGGGAUACUACGAUGGUACAUACAAAAGAGUUGUGAUUUGUUGUGAUCAUAUUAGAACCCGAGAAGAGCUUGAAGAUACUUUAGUUCAUGAAUUGAUCCAUGCUUUUGAUUCAGUACGAAAAGGCAAUUUCAAAAGCGUCUGUCAUUUAAUAGCUUGUGGUGAAGUCAGAGCAAGUGCGUUAGGACAAUGUGCUAAUAUUAAAUCAGAAAAGAAGAGAAAGGAAUGUAUUUGGAAAGAUGCAGUUAAUUCAACUAAACUUCAUUGUGGUUCAGAAAGAGCAGAAAAGACAGUAAAAGAAGUAUUUUAUAAUUGUACUCGUGAUGAAACUCCAUUUAAAUAAGCCCUAAAAGAGGUUUUGAUUUGAUCUUCUGGCCUGGAUGAUAUACACUAUAUUUAGAAAUAAAAUGUACCUUGACUAGAAACAUUAUUAAAUAAAUAAACAAAGAAGAGUAAUAAAAACCCUCUCCCCUUCUUAUUAAAUUGUA